CAUUCUGCAGUUCAGUUGUUAUUGUUUUUUGUGUUUGAGGAAAAGAGCAACCUCACCUGGCCCCUGCUCUUGCAAAAAGCUCUAAUGUAUUGUAUUAGGACAUUUGAACGUUUCAUUUCACAAGUGUUUCGUCUUAGAAUCUACCUGUGCUCCGAUUUUAGAUGACUGGGAUGAUCCAUUGGUUUAUUAGUGUUGUUGUAAUCCUGAGCAACCUAAAUUUUUUGUUUUCCAUGCACUGCGUUGAUAAUCUGAAGAAUUUGAGAUGGAGAGUUUCAGCAGCCCUGGUUUAUCGUCUCGAAAGAAGUGGUGCGUGUGGUUGGUGGUGUGGCCGGCGUUGGUGUCCCUGGCCGUCUGCGAGUCCAUGUCGGCCGAGGAGGAGGCCAUCGUCAGCGGCGGCGGCGGCGGUCAACCAGAAAUUUACAUCCCGCUCAAUGGCCUCCUGCGCUUAGUGAACAGCAACAGCAGGCAAAUGGGCAAACGAAACCCCUUCGGCAUCAGUGCCCGCGGCUUCCACGAGGACAUCUUUGACCACGACUACGGCUCCUUCAGCCCCAUGCGGAAACGCAGCAUCCCGUCGGAGGAGCUGCACUCGAGGAAUAAGCGCUCCAUCGACCCAAAACAGCAUCAGAAGGUGGGUGGUUGGAGCAAACGGCGACCCGAGAUGGACUCAUCAGGUUUCCACGGCGACACCUUUUCCAGCGGCUUUGGCGAUUUCUGGACAAUGCGCAAAAAGGCCAUGGCCAUGAACAAACGUCGGCCCGAGAUGGACUCUGCUGGCUUCUACGGCGACACCUUCACCAACGGCUUCGGCGACUUCUGGACGGUGCGCAAGAAACCGGCCGACUACGCAGACUACGACUUCCAACCCAAACGUACCAAUAAAUAAUUCAUUAAGAAAAUUAACAUAACAUCCGGAAAAAUUUUAAAAGAAAACGCGUUUUGAAAAAAAAAAUUAAUUUCUUUUGGCAAUUAAAAAUUCAUGAAAUUUCAGCUGGUGCUUCCCUAUUACGCCAGCCUGUUGUUACUCCCUAAAGUGUUUCGACUCAUUCCACAUAUAAUAUGUAGAUCUCUAUCUCCUUAUGGCAUUAUACACAUGUUAACCCACAUUUAACACGCAAAUGAUGAUGACACACAAUAACAAGCAUAAAAAAGAGUGAACUACUGUCUUCUGAAUUGAUGUAUACUAUAAAAAUCAUUUAUUAAUUAUAAAUAUACAAAGAAGUACGUCACGAACCUGUCUGAUUUAUUCAAUUUUUUAAAUUUUUGAUCAUUCUGUUUUGAAUUUGUCUGGUACUUGCGGAAAUUUGACGCACUUCUUGUGCAUUACGAUAUGACUUUUAGCUGCGGAUGAUUAGUGAAUAAAAUUUUAUUUUGUAUUGC